ACGCUAAACUCCAUCAACUUCCAUUUCUUGAGACAAAAAGAAGAAAGAAAACCAAACUAUCAUCCAUGGCGUUCAAAUCCCUUCUCUUUGUUGUUCUUGCUCUUGUGUUGAUGCCGGCGCCCACCACACAUGCGCAGCUUGGUCUGGGUUCACUCCUAGGACUCACUCAAAUCACAGGGACCAUCUUUUGCACCUCUAAUGGCAAUAUUGGUAUCCUUGGCUCAGCCACACCAGUGAUUCCUAAUGCCCCAGUGCAGCUGGUGUGCAAUGGCAACAACAUAUCAACAGUGAACACAGACUCGACGGGCGCGUUCCAGUUCCUGGUGAACCCCCUCCAUAUGCUCCUCUCUUCCCUCCUCAGCGAUUGCUCGGUCGUCGUUCAAACGCCUCUCACCACCACAUGCAAAACCACCCCUCAAUUACAAGGCAUCUUGCAAUCGCCUCUCACCUUUGUUGGAAGGCUUGAACGGCUUCUAGGAACAGUCAUCAAAUUAGCUGCCACUUCUUUCACCUUCGUUCCUUUUCCCAAUCUGCCUAACAACUGAUCUCUCUCUCUCCCUCUCCACUGUUAUGAGAUGGUCGAUUCUGCAAGUUUUUAGGUCUAGGUACUGGUUAGAAGAUAUUGGCUCUAUGUUUGUCAAAUAGAAGUAAAAGCUGUGUUAUAGCUGAUGUAAGGUUGAUGUGUUAUAGCUGUGUCAAAUAGAAGUACUGGUUAGGUCUAGGCAUGGUUGAUGCAGUACUACCGUGUUUAAAAAAUUUUAAUAUUUCUAAUACUACCUUUUGUAUUUUUA